GCUGUAAAUACUGGAAUAUUCCCAUCAGUCUACAAGUGAAGACGAGCAUCAGACCAUCAGGAAGAAGAGAAAUCUGCAAAGACAGAGUUUACUGAAGGACAGUGAGAAGAUGAGUGAUCCAGAACCCUGCAGAAUUAAACAGGAAGAGACUGAAGAACUAAUAGAUCUGAUGGUGAAGACUGAAGUACUGAGUGAAGAAGAGGAGAAGCAUCAUGUCAAAACUGAAGGAAAAACUCAAUCAGAGACGGAUCAUAGUUUUUUAGUGAAUACAACAGCCGUAAAUGGUUUCACCUGCACUCAGUGUGGAAAGAGUUUCGGGCGUAAAUGUGAUCUCAAUCGUCACAUGAGGAUCCACACUGGAGAAAAAGCUUACAAGUGUUCACACUGUAACAAGAGAUUCAAUGAUCCAGGAUACCUGAAAACACACAUGAGGACCCACACUGGAGAGAAACCAUACAGAUGCGAUCAGUGCAGCAAAACAUUUUUGAGGCCUUCAGAUCUGAAGAGACAUCUUAGAGUUCAUACCAACGAGAGGCCUUAUUUAUGCUCUGAGUGUGGAAAGAGUUUUACACAUCAAUAUUUUUUAAAAGCACAUCAGAAGAUCCACACCGGUGUGAGAGAGUUUGUGUGCGAUAAGUGUGAGAAGACUUUUAUUAGAGCUGGAAACUUGACACGACACCAGAUGAUUCACACUGAAGAGAAACCUUACAAGUGUUCACACUGCGACAGGAGAUUUGGUAAGUUACAGUCCCUGAAAGGACAUGAGAUGAUGCACACUGGAGAGAGACCUCACAAGUGUUCACACUGUGACAAGGGAUUUGCUUGGCUACAAUCACUGAGAACACAUGAGAGGAUUCACACUAGAGAGAAACCGUGCACAUGUACUCAGUGUGGGAAGAGUUUUAUUAGAGCUGGAGUACUGAAACAACACCAGAGGAUCCACACUGGAGAGAGACCGUACCAGUGUUCACACUGCGACAAGAGAUUCAGUCUGUUACAAUCCCUGAAACGACACCAGAGGAUUCACACUGGAAAGAUACCAUACACGUAUUCAGUGUCUUAAAUACUCUACGCUCCUAAACCCCCUUGAGCUGCCAUUAGUCUGUGGUGAUUCUGCAGUCAGUGGGUCUGGAGCUCCGGCUUCUUUGACAUGCGAUUCCUUCCCCCCAAUUAAUUUCUGUCUCCACGAUGUU